UAAAGAUAAACUUAUGCUGUUUGACAUAGAAGUAGCUAUUAACGAAACAUAUUCGUCCGAAAUGUCGGACAAUUCAACUGAAGAAUUCCGCAGUAUAGCACAGCUUUUCUGUAAUCAGAUUGAUGCUGUAGAUCAAAAUGUGUCAAGUUUUACUUAUGAGGGAUGUUUAGUCACAUCUUUAGGUAACGGGAGUAUUACAGUCACAGUCAUGUGGAACCUAGUUCUGGAAAUUACAGACGACAAUCAACCGUAUAACACAACAAUUUUAGAAAAAUUUGGACUGGAAGAACAAGAGUUGCUGGGCUCUUUUUUAAUUUCAAAACCUACUAUAAUACACUCGAGUAAACAAAUCAGCGCAAAUGAAAUUGCAACAUUUAGUAGGAGAGAUUUCAAUCAAAAAUGCACUUUUGGUCAAUCUUGUAGAGCAGUUUUCUCUGACUGUAUUAACAAUACCUGCACGUGUCCGGAUCACAGGUUGUUCAACGUGUCAACUGGUACAUGCACUCUAGCUGAGUAA